AUGUCGUACGGUGGACCCCCGCAGAAUCAAUACGGCGGUGGUGCCGGUUACUAUGACCAGCAAGGCCAAGGGCACUUCCCCCCUCAGCAGGGCUAUCCCCCUCAACCACAGCAAGGCUAUUAUCCACCAGAGGGCCAGCAAGCAUACGGUCAGCCCCAAUACGGCCAACACCCAGGACCUUAUGAUCAACAAGGCGGCCAGGGUUACCCAGGAUACACCCCACAGCACCAGCAGGGUCCGUACCCUCCGCAAGGCGGUCCUGGAUACGGACAGCCUCCUCUGGAUCGCGGCCACUCGCCCUACCCUCCCCAGCAACAGCAGUACCCGCAAAGUGGCGGCGAGAGCUCCUCGUACUAUGGCGGCGCACCCCCACACCAGCAAGGACAGCCUGGUGCUGUAGGACCCGAGGGCGAGAGGGGCCUCGGGUCGACUCUGCUUGGCGGCGCGGCUGGUGGGUUCAUGGGAAAUAAGCUUGGCCACGGCAUGCUUGGUACCGCGGGCGGUGCUGUUUUGGGUGCUGUUGGUAUGAACAUGGCAACUAAUAAGCUGUGA